AUGAGUGCCCCUGGUCCUCUGAAGAGAAAAUCUUACAUGGGACAGCACAAGAUAAAAAAGAAAAAGAGUGAUGAGCCCAUUCCCAGUGACAGUGAAAAUUUUCCAAAGACAACUCAUUAUUUGUCUGACAGACAUGCCACAACGGAUGUUAAGCUUGGCGAGUCCACGCUAGCUCUUGAUGAAGAAAUUUUCAACAUAAUUCAUGUCAUUGACCCUGGGAAUAAUGCAUCAAAUGUUAAUGGUGGUGAGCAGAAGAAGGGAUGUGCAUCAACAAGCGUUGAACCUCGCAGCAUCCAAGAGAAUGCAAUCAAACAAGAUUGCAAGAAAUCAUCAAGGAGAACCAACUGCAAAGAUCUCGCUCAGCGGCUUCUUUUCAGUGAGGACUCGACAGAGGAAUCACAGCAGCGUCAGGAGAGCAGCGAUUACGCACGAACUUCUGCAUGCAAAGAAACAAAAAAGAGUGGUCAACAGGCCAAAAAUUCCACUUCGAAGAAGCUUUCUUGUAACCAAGCCAAAAGCAGACAUGGGGAUAUGAAUGCAGGUCCUUCUCAUGAUAUUUCCAAGGAGUACAUUUUGUUCAGUCCCACACAUGUAGCUGCUGCUGUGAAGAGGUCCAAACUGCAACAAUCACCACAAAAUCAAUCUGCCUCUGUGCUGACAGUUCCGAGUGGUUUACAGCUCUGUACUCUCAGUGACAGCUUACCUCAGCCAGGCUUUGCCUUGUGUGCUCCUGACACACAAUCUGACAAGCUUCUGCUAUCCAAUUGGGGUUUGCCCAAUCCAGUCUUGAAGUGUUAUCAUAAACAUAGAGUAACACGCAUGUUUGAAUGGCAGGCUCAGUGCCUGAGUCUUGGCAAGGUUCUGCAGGGAGGUAACUUGGUCUACUCUGCUCCAACUAGUGCUGGAAAGACUCUUGUGUCCGAGUUACUGAUGCUGAAACGCGUGUUGGAGACGAAAAGAAAAGCUCUCUUUAUUUUACCGUUUGUCUCUGUGGCCAAAGAGAAGAUGCAAUACCUCCAGAGCGUGUUUGCUGAGGCUGGAGUACGUGUGGAUGGCUUCAUGGGAAACACAUCAGCUUCUGGUGGCUUUACUGCUGUGGAUGUAGCUGUUUGCACCAUAGAGAAGGCCAACUCUAUCAUUAACAGACUAAUAGAGGAAGACAGCAUGGGUCUAUUAGGUAUGGUUGUGGUGGAUGAGUUGCACAUGGUUGGAGACUCUGGAAGAGGAUAUCUACUUGAACUUCUCUUGACCAAAAUUCGCUACAUUGCACAGAAGCGUAAUACUACGGGGUCUCUUUCCGAGGGGGUGCAGAUAGUAGGUAUGAGUGCCACUUUGCCCAACUUGACCCUCCUGGCCGAGUGGUUAGGUGCAGAGCUUUACCAGACGGACUACAGACCCGUACCCUUGCAGGAGCAUCUUAAGUUGGGCUGCAACAUCUACGACAAGAGCCUCUCUGUGGUUCGACAAUUCACUCCAGCACUCCUAAUAAAGGGUGAUGACGAGCACAUAGUCAGUUUGUGUUAUGAGACGGUGCGGGAUGGCCAAUCUGUGUUGCUGUUCUGCCCUUCCAAGAACUGGUGUGAGAAAUUGACCGAUAGUAUCGCCAGAGAGUUUUACAACUUGAGACAUACACAAUGUGAGGACGAAUCACAACUCCAACCAGUGUGCUUGGAUAACGAGGGACUAGUGGACGUCAUAGCCCAGUUGAGUCGGACUCCAGCAGGUUUGGAUCCCAUUCUGAAGCGCGCUGUGCCCUGGGGGGUGGCCUUCCACCACGCUGGUCUGACAUUUGACGAACGUGAUGUGCUGGAGGGAGCCUUUCGUAAUGGCAUGAUAAGGGUCUUGGCUGCCACCUCCACCCUUUCGUCAGGGGUCAAUCUCCCUGCCCGCAGGGUCAUUAUUCGAACCCCGACCUUCAAUGGACACUUGCUGGACCAGCUCACAUACAAACAAAUGGCUGGACGAGCAGGGAGAAAAGGAGUGGACACCAUAGGUGAGAGUGUGCUGGUGUGUAAGGAGGCAGAGCGUCAGAAAGGUGUUAGCCUCCUCACAGGUACUCUUCAGCCAAUCAAGAGCUGCUUGUUGAGGGAGAAAGGAGAAGGCAUCACCACUAGCAUGCUGCGAGCCAUUCUGGAGAUCAUUGUGGGAGGAGUAGCCAGCACUCCACAGGAUGUGAGAUUGUACGCCUCAUGCUCACUUCUGGCUGCCAGCAAAGAGAAGUCAACAGAAAACAGCAACAAAGGGGCAAUUGAGGCCUGUGUUGAAUGGUUGAUGGAAAACGAAUUCAUCAGUGUUCAAAAAGUUGGAGAAAAGGAGGAAUACUGUCCCACUCAACUUGGUGCUGCCACACUGUCAUCCUCCCUUUCGCCCACCGAGGCACUGGGUAUAUUUGCAGACCUCCAGCGGGCUAUGAAGGGCUUUGUGCUAGAAAAUGACCUGCACGUUCUUUAUCUGAUCACUCCAUUGUAUGCAGAGUGGACUACAAUAGAUUGGUACCAGUUCUUCUGUCUGUGGGAACAGCUGUCCUCAUCGAUGAAGAGAGUAGCUGAGUUGGUAGGCGUCCAGGAGAGUUUCCUGGCUCGCUCAGUCGGAGGAAAACUUGUUGCCAAGACAGAGAAGCAGUGUCGGCAAAUGGCAAUUCAUAAAAGGUUCUUUACCACUCUAGUACUGCAGGAUCUGGUUAAAGAAGUACCUUUGGGAGUUGUAGCGUCCAAAUACAAUUGCAAUCGUGGUCAGUUGCAGUCCCUCCAACAGUCUGCUGCCACAUAUGCAGGUAUGGUGACAGUGUUCUGCAAGCGUCUGGGCUGGGGCAACAUGGAGUUGCUGUUAUCGCAAUACCAAACUAUGCUGAGCUUCGGUGUCCAGCGUGAGCUUGUGGAUUUGGUAAGGGUUUCCCUUCUGACUGCAACAAGGGCCCGUGCGCUUUAUGCACAAGGCCUGUGCACUGUUGCUGAACUGGCCAGGGCUUCAGUAACUGAUGUGGAGAAAGCUCUGAGGAAUGCUGUCCCAUUUAAGAGCUCUAAGCGUGCAGUGGAUGAGAGCGAAGUGGAGGCUGCAGAGCGCCGGAAUCUCCGUUGCGUGUGGGUAAGCGGUGGGCGGGCUCUGACCGAGCAAGAAGCGGCCAGUGUGAUUGUUUCGGAAGCAAAGCAGCUUCUCCAGGCAGACUUGGCUCAGCUCGGCAUUCAGUGGGAUCCAGCAACGCUCCCAUCUGAUGCUUCUGCUGUCCAUUCCUCACAAGAAGCUCAGAACAAUGGUGAUAAUGGUCAACAAAAGGAAAAUCCUAAAACAUAUUUUGGGAAAUGCAAAUCUGACACCACAGAUAUCAAGACAAAAUUAGAGGAGAUGAAUAAUGACUUAAGUGCAAGGCAAUCAGGCCCAAAAAUGUCUGUGCAUAGUGUGACAGGAGGACAGAAUGAACAGAUUAACGGAUCCAAAACUGGUGAAACGGAAAAGAAAGAUAAGAUAGAAAACAACAAUCUGACAAACCAGGAGGUGAAAACAUUAGCACCAGAAGGAACCAAAUGUCAAGUUUCAACUUUAAAGUUAACACAUCCUUCUUGUGGUCCAGUAAAGAGUCUAACACAAGAAUUGGCUGAGCUUGUGUCCAGCCCAAUGUUUCAACUUCAACAACCUCCUGAACCAGCUCUCCCCCUUAUACCCCUUCCUCAGUUGAGAGCUCCAAGUUCCAGGUUAGGAGAUCACCCAAGCGUUAGCGUGAAGACAUCAGACGUUGAUGACGCCACAAGGCUUGGUUUAUCACCUGCACAGCCUGGAAAACUAAAGCAUUCAAGGAUACUAAAGAAAGUCCUUCAAUCCAUACAAACUGACAAAAGGCCACAAGAGUCAGUCGGACUGACUUCACAUCCUUUAAACGUUGCUGAGGUUGCUUGCCUUGCUCAAGAUACUCAAACCAGAUUUCCUCUGGAUCACCAAGUUGAAAUGUCAGACUCCUCUCACGUUGCUGUCACGCUAGUAAUCUCGCCUGACACCAAGCGAAGAAGGGUGGAGGCUGCAGAGGUGGAUGUGUUUUCAUCUCCUGAUCUCUAUGCAGGCGAUCAAAAUGAAGAAGCUCAACAAAAGGUCAAGCAGGGAGAAGAGACAUUUGGUGACAGCUUUGAAUUGGACACACAGACUGAACGGAUAAUUGUCCAACCAGAAUCGGAACACAGUGACGGAAAUGUUAAACAUCUGCAGGAUUUGAAUAUUAAAGAUCAUAUACAUGGGACGGUGUUAGAAACUGGUUUGGAGCAGGAAGUCAAAGACGAAGGAAAUGCCAGACUUGAAGCCCCCCUUUUCAAUAUUUCUCUGACAGACAGCCAGAUGGAGCUCAUCCUUGACACUAGUCAUCAGGUGAGUGAUGAUCAUCCCAAUUUUCCACAUGAGCCCGUUUUCCACAAAAGCACGCUCUCCUUCCGCUCCCAUAUCAACGACAUCACCAGAUCGGCCUACUUCCACCUUCGCAAUAUUUCUCGCCUCCUCCCUUCUCUCAACCGCCAUACCACUUCUACUCUUAAUGACAGUAACAGCAAAGCUGUUGCUCCUGCUGUGGAGGAUCCAAACGGAAGCAGCAGCUUCUUGUUCGAAAGCCUUUAUGACAAGUCUCCAAGCCUAAAACAAACGGACCAGAUUGGAUUAGCCUACGAGGAACAGGUCACCCCACAGGCAACAAGCAUUCACCCUCGGCUGUCCAACCAAGAGAGACGUCGUAGCGAACUCCUUGUCAACCAGGAAGUGGAGAAGCAUGAAGCAAUCCAGUGGGGAGAGUCUUCUUUCAAUCUCUCUGAGUGGGGAGACUCUUUGCUGGUGAGUGAGCCUUUUCUGGACAGGCAGGAAGCCAGCCACUUGGAAGAUCAGGAUCUCCCUGAGGAGCAACUUACAUCUGCACAAAUUGAGCCAGUAUCUCUACUACCUGGAGAGAAACAGGCAACGUUGCCUGCAGAUUGUAACAAGAAAGUACAGGAAGGUGGUCUUGUCUCAGAUAACACCAUUUCAAAACAAUUACAUGCCGAUGCUGCGCCUGAGAGCAACUUUUAUUGCAGUCCUGGUAUUCAGGAGAUAUUCGAUUGCUGGCCAACGAUGUCUGAACAGCCUGUGCAAAACUCUACAUUACGCCUCAAGCAAAUUCCUCCUUCAUACCGUGCAGAGAUUUUGCAAAAAUCUCCUCCGUUGAUUCAAGUGAUGAGAAAAUGCCAAAAGCAGGACAGUGUGGACUCUGAAUCAGAUUCUUUUCAGCCACAACCAAUUGUAGAGCCAACACAGAGACCAGGUUCUGCUGGAGAUUUGAUACCCCCCACCCAGGAGACACCUCCUGUGACACCAAGAAUCAUACUAACAACUACAUCAAUCCACUUGCCUCUCAACGUCCCACCGGCCAAUCAGUCGACCCCCACCGGCACCCUGCCUGUGAAACCUUCUAAAUGCUCCACCAGUGACCUGCCAGAAGAUUUUUCUGACCCUCAAAAUACUAUGUGUAAAUUGAAGCAGCACACCAAUGUAACACACCGACGCCAGUCUCCAACGGAUCAAAGGCAAAAUCCUUCUCCUGAUCGCCCCCUGCUUCACUCUUCCUCUUUGAACAUGUCGCCUGGCUACGAGGGCUUUUCUCUUCAGCUUUCUCAAGAUGCCUCCCUCACUUCAAGCAACUCGAGCGCAUUCUCCAUCAUCGAUGUUUCAAGUGACAAGCGCCUAUUCGAAACGUUUAUCAAGGAGUGGAAAACUAAAGAACGCUUUUCACUAGCUUUGGCCUUUGAAAGUGUCGAACACCACCAGGAGCCAGAAGAGGAAAUGGGAGGGAAACAUAGGAGAGCACACCAGAAGCUCCAUACUGCUGAUGGUUUUCCGGUAAGAGGCAGUGAUGGACUGAUGCUGAUUGGACUGUCUGUCUGUUGGGGAGCAAGAGAUGCCUUCUACAUAUCCUUUCAGCAAAAGCAGAGCAAAGGUUUGAGUUUAAGCCUUGCCCCUCCGGAUCUGGACAACAGUUUGCCAGUAGUCAAGAGGCUUGAGCACGUGAAGGCCUGUCUCAGCCAACCGUCAGUUGGCACAGUUAUCACGUAUGACAUCAUCCAGGUGUACAGGAAGCUGGUGUUGAGCUGUGGCAUCAGCUUGGAAGGAAAUUGUGAAGACCCCAAGGUGGCGUGUUGGCUGGUUGACCCUGGCGCCCAAGAGAGGACACUGGCCAAUAUGAUCACAGUCUACUGUCCAGAAGACCUCCCUCUUUUGGAUGGACUUGGCAACGCACAUGUACACUGUCCUCGCCUGAGGGCAACGACCACAAGUGUGCUAGUUUACGCCGUCAUGAGCCAUCUCACCAAGCUACUUGACAAAGAUGGCAUGCUCGAGUCAUUUAGGAGCGUGGAGAUGCCCUCACAAGUGUGUCUGGCAUUGCUGGAACUCAACGGAAUUGGCUUCAGCGUGGAGGAAUGUGAGAGACAAAAGCACGUGAUGCAAGCCAAACUGGCAGCGCUGGAAUCACAAGCGUACGAGCUAGCGGGGCACAGUUUCUCCCUGACAAGCAUUGACGAUAUAGCACAGGUUUUGUUCUUAGAGCUACAUCUACCUCCAAACGGUGACGUGGGGGCGUCAAAAAGCAAGAAGACCCUCGGAUACACCCGCAGAGGUGGGGGCAAAGUUCGACUCGGGAAGCAGUUCAGCACAACCAAGGAUGUUCUAGAGAAGCUCCGUCCUCUGCAUCCGCUUCCUGGCAUCAUACUGGAGUGGAGAAGGAUCACCAACGCUUUGACUAAAGUGGUGUUCCCAUUGCAAAGAGAGAAGCAGUACCACAUUACACUGGACAUGGAUAGAAUUUACCCCAUCGCCCAGACGCACACAGCUACAGGACGGGUGAGCUUUACAGAGCCUAACAUACAGAACGUGCCCAAAGACUUCGAUAUUGCCAUGCCCACUGUGGUAGGAGAGAGCCCACCUUCACAAGAUGGCCGCUACAAGAACGACCGCGGGAAGAAGAGACGUUCUUUGGCCCCCUCUGCCCCUCGAGGCCCGACUUUUUCCGUCAGCAUGAGACACGCUUUUGUGCCGUUCUCAGGCGGAAUGAUAUUAGCGGUCGAUUACUCCCAACUGGAGUUAAGGGUGCUUGCUCAUCUGUCCAAAGACCAACGUCUGCUGCAGGUGCUGAAUGGAGGAGCUGACGUGUUUCGCUGUAUCGCUGCCGAAUGGAAAAGCGUCGAUCCAGACAAUGUCAACGAUCAACUCAGACAGCAAGCCAAACAGAUUUGCUAUGGCAUCAUUUACGGGAUGGGUGCCAAGUCUUUAGGAGAGCAAAUGGGUGUGGACGAGAAUGAUGCAGCUUGCUAUAUUGAAAGUUUCAAAGCCAGGUACAAAGGGAUCAACUGUUUUCUCAGAGAAACAGUGAAGAAGUGCGUCAAGGAUGGUUACGUUCAGACUUUGAUGGGACGUCGCAGAUACCUUCCAGGAAUCACCAACACUAAUCCCCACAUCAAAGCACAUGCGGAGCGUCAGGCUGUGAACACAACUGUGCAGGGCUCAGCCGCAGACAUUGUUAAACGCGCUACCAUCAACAUCCACAGACAACUGAGAAAAGCAUACCCGAAAGCUCCACUCUCUCACCAGCACACUACAGCCAGCUAUCCUCGGAGAGGUGCAUACCUGAGAGGAGCGUACUUUGUCCUCCAGCUCCAUGAUGAACUUGUCUAUGAAACUACAGAGGAGAAUCUCAUACAGGUGGCUCAGAUAGUAAAGAGGGAGAUGGAGACAGCAGUCAAACUUUCUGUGAAGCUAAAAGCCAAAGUAAAAGCAGGACCGAGCUGGGGAAAUUUGCAAGACUUGGAUAUUUGA